CCCCCGCCGGGCGACGCCCGCCGCUACGCCCGCCUCACGCCCGCCCAGGGCUCCCGCCUCCGCCGCCUCCUUCGCCGCCCCGUCGCCAUCCACGGCCGGGGCAACUUCCCCACGCUGGCCGUGCCGCCCGGCGGGGCCGCGGCCGCCGUCCAGGGCCGCCUGGUGGCGCGCGGCGUCGCCGUGCGGGCCGUGAGGCUCAACGGCUCGGCGGCGAGCCACGUGCUGAGCCCGCCGGGGCGGCCGCCGUUCCCUUACCAGGACGUGGAUCUCAUCUUCGCCGUGGAGUUUGCCGGCGGCAACGGCGGCGGCGGCAAUGGCGGCGGUGGCGGUUUCGGCACGGAGGCGGAGUUCGGCCUGGUCAGGGAGGCGGCGAUCGAGUCGCUUCUCGACUUCCUGCCCGAGGGGGUGUGCAAGGAGAGGAUCGGGCUCGCCGCGCUGAGCGACGCCUACGUGCAGAAGCUGGUGAAGGUGAGCACGGAGACGGACCGCUGGAGCCUCGUCUCUUUCACCAACAACGCCGGCCGCAACAUCGAGAUGAAGUUCGUGCAGUCGCUGCGUCGACAGUUCGAGUUCAGCGUCGACUCCUUCCAGAUCGACAUCGACCCGCUGCUCCGCUUCUACCGGCAGCAGCAGCAGCCCACCUCCCCCCGCCGGCCCCCGCCGCUGUACGCCGAGAGCGUCUACGGGGACUUUGCGGAGGCGCUGGGCCACCUGUGGGAGCGCCUCAUCGCCACGCGGCGUCCCGAGGAGAUCCGCGGCGGGGGGCUCCUCAAGUACUGCGAGCUGCUGGCGCGGGGAUUCCGCCCGCACUGCGCCCCGCGCAUCAAAGCGCUGGAGCGGUACAUGUGUUCACGGUUCUUCAUCGACUUCCCGGAUGUCGGGGCUCAGGAGCGCAAGUUGACCGCCUACCUGCGCAACCACUUUGCCUACCCCUCCGCCGCCGCCACCACCGCCACCACCGCCGGCCGAUUCGGCGUGACCGUCCACGCCGAGGGCGCCGAAGUCUUUGCCGGCUACGCCGCCGCCGCCGGCGCCGGCGGCACGGCCGACGACGACGACGAUUACGCCGGAACGGACGCCGACGAAGACGACGAAGAAGACUCCGGAACGGACGACGCCGCCGACGCCGACGCCGACGCCGACGAAGAAGAAGAAGAAGAAGGCUCGGCGGCCGCCGCCGUAACGUCGUCAACGCCGGCGUCUUCGGCGUCGUCGCCAGCGACGCCGGCAGCCGGUCCCGGCGCCACUGCCCGCCUGCGCUACGAGUUCCUGAUGCGCCUGCAGGCGGUCGUGUCGGAGAGCACCGUCUGCCUGAUGGGUCACGAGCGGCGGCAGAUACUCAACCUCAUCGCCCUGCUCGCCUUCCGCGUCCUCGCCUGCCACAGCGGCCUGCCCAACGCCGCCAACGUGACGUGCUACUACCACCCGGCGGCGUACGCCGCCGUCGCCAGCCACCACCACCACCACCAGCAGCAGCAGCAGCAGCACCACCAGCACCACCAGCAGCAGCAGCAGCACCACCAGCAGCGUCUUCAGCGGCAGCAGCAGCAGCAGCAUCAUCAGCAUCAUCAUCAUCAGCAGAUUCUUCAGCAUCAGCAGCAGCAUCAGCAGGCGGCUUCGCCCGGACAUCCGCCGUCGAACUUUGCCAAGGCCGCCGCCGCCGCCGCCGCCGCCGCCGUGGGCAAGCCGCACCGAGGCGGUGGCGGUGGCCGGAAGAACGGAGGCUCGAAUCACUCGGCCGGCGGCGGCGGCGGCGGCGGUGGCAGCGGAGGUGGAGGGAGAAUUCACGGCGUCGGGGGAGAGUUUGUUGUGGUGCACGCUCAGCCGGCCAUCAUGUACCAUCAGAGCUACCCGGUGUGGCUGUCGUGCAGCUAAGCUGGUGGUGGUGUGGUUGGGUGUUGUUGGGUGUGGUGGUGGUGGUGGUGGAGGUGGUUGGUUGGGAGAGCGGUGUGGUGUAGUUUUGGCGGUCGGCGCUUCGAUUCCCGUUCACGGCCGACCGACCCGGGUCACAACGAUCUGAACCGGGAAUCUCCUAGGUCCACUCUGCCUCAAAACGAGUACGGUGGUGGUGACGGUGGUGGUGACGGUGGUGGUGACGGUGGUGGUGACGGUGGUGGUGACGGUGGUGGUGACGGUGGUGAGCGUUGGUGACG